UUUGCCAAAAAGAGACGAGGAGAAAUUGGUGCUCAAAUAAGUCGUGGCAGUUUCACAGUCCUCUUGUCUCGUUCCCAGAUCAUCUCUGAACCUCCAGAGUUUAAGGUGGCCGCUGUGCGAGGUUCAAAUGAAGAAGAUUACUUCAAGCAUCAUGUUAAUUCUUCGUUCCGUAAAAUUUAUGAUGUCAACUUGCGAAAAAACAGUGUGACAAGCUUGACAUCAGGAGUCGAACAGUUGAAGGCAGGGACCAUCGACGGCUUAAUAGGCGACUACUUGUCUCUCCGUCACAUCGCCAGCACAGACAAGGACUGCAAUUUCAUUUUGAUUAAAGAACACUCUCUCAAGUCAGGCUACGGUUUUGCCGUCUCUAAACAUGGCAUGCCAUGGCUGCAAGAGAUUUCCCUCUCGGUCUUAAAGCACCAGGAAAACAGCACUGUGAAGUCGAUCGAGGAGCGAUGGUUUCCCAAACAGACCUGUGGAAGAAAUGAGCACCGACCUCUGAAAGCCAUCGACUUUGCUGGCCUCUUCUGGGUUCUUGUCGGAGUGGCCGCUUUUUCGUUGCUGGCCCUUCUUGUAGAAAGCCUGUUGGUGUUUACCUUGAUCAAAUGCGGUAAGUGCCUGGGACCGUUUGGAAGGCUUUUGAAAAGAUUCUUGUUUGAUGUGAAGAAAGGUGAAGAGGAUUACUUCACCUUGCAGUAUCGUCCAGCUGGGCUAAUGACGAGAAGCUGGACAGUUGAAACGACCAAUGAGGAUACCACACAAGAGCAAACAAGUUACGAGAACCAAGGCUUUGUCGAUAUCGGUGAACUGGAAAGAAAAAUCGCUUCCUUGCGAUAGCCUUUCGGAGCGGCUUAAGGCCUCAUUUAAACGGUCUCGGUUCCCCCGCGUCUUAUUGAGAGAAUUGGCCGUUAAGAUAGUUUACACCCAAAAAAGCGCCAUUAGUAACUACUUUAGAUGUAACAAUUUAUUAAAAACCUCUUGCAGAGUGAAAACUGACUUAAUGUGGACUGAUACUUCGUAACGGCCCACGUUACAAAAAUUUCCUAAAUACACGGUCAAUGUCUUGCUGCAAUGUUGUAUCUAAGUUAUUUAUUAAAACUUUUUUAUGUAUA